CAACGUGAUCCAAUCAGCCGUAUAAAACGCCCCUCUCGACGAUUCUUCGACCACUUUUGUACUUCUCGUCGCCUCGUUGUCGUUAUUUCUCCAUUAUGAACACCGUAUACGCAUUGCUGUUCUCCACGAUUGCAUUGAUCUCGUGUCAGUCGGCGAACAGCCAAUAUCAGCCACCUCAACAGGCAGCAAUUCUCAGUGAUGCCAGAUAUCUGGCUGGAGAUGGAACGUUCGGCGCCGCUUACUCGCAAGAGGAUGGCGUGGAGUUCAAAGAGGAAAGCGACGUUUAUGGAAAUCGGCGUGGAUCUUACUCCUACGUCGAUCCUACCGGUCAAAGACGCACAGUGACGUAUACGGCUGGGAAAAAUGGCUUUCAGGCUACAGGCGACGGCAUUCCUGUUCCACCCCCGCAAGCCCCGCCUCAACCAGAAUACGUGCCCCUGCCACAAUACAAUCCACCCGAUUAUCAACCACCUCGUUACAAUCCACCCUCCCAUUCGUAUCAACGUUACAAUCAACCGAGCUACGAGGUGCAACCAGAACCCGAGCCACAACCUCAGCCCCAGCCUCAGUUCUCACCUCGGCUGGCGUAUCAACCUCAGCCGCAAUAUCAAUCGGGGCCUCAGCCGCAGUAUCAACCAAGACCUCAACCGCCACCCGAGAUUCAAUCCAUCUCUUCGUACAACCCUCGACCGCAAUAUCAACCACCCGCGAGACCGUUGCCACAGUACAACGCUAUAGCGACGCCACCACCUCGAAGAUUCUAUCCACCCGGGAAGUUGGACUUCAACAGGACUCCGGAUGGCUACUCGUACACGUUUAGCAAAAGCUAAGUAGAAGUUAGGUAACUAGAAAAGGGAGCAAUCGGGGGGGGGGGGGGGGGGUUUUUUNUUUGUGA